GAAGUGCGGGGCGCGCGGGGAGCGGAAGUCUCGGCCACUCAGUCAGUCAGUCAGAGAGAGGGAGGAAGAGAAGAUGUCCGGCGGGGGGAUGACCAGCAUCGAGGCCGUGAAGAGGAAGAUCCAGGUCCUGCAGCAACAGGCGGACGAUGCCGAGGAGAGAGCCGAGCGGCUGAGCCGGGAGGUGGAGGGCGAGAAGCGCGCCCGGGAGCAGGCGGAAUCUGAAGUGGCCUCGCUGAACCGCCGCAUCCAGUUGGUAGAGGAAGAGCUGGACCGUGCCCAGGAGCGCCUGUCCACCGCCGUGCAGAAACUGGAGGACGCCGAGAAGGUGGCUGACGAGAGUGAGCGGGGGAUGAAGGUCAUCGAGAACCGAGCCCUUAAAGACGAGGAGAAGAUGGAGAUACAGGAAAUCCAGCUGAAGGAGGCCAAGCACAUAGCCGAGGAGGCGGACAGGAAGUACGAGGAGGUGGCGAGAAAACUGGUGAUCCUUGAGGGCGACCUGGAGCGCACAGAGGAGAGGGCGGAGCACGCAGAGUCCAAAUGUGCCGAGCUCGAGGAGGAGCUCAGGAAUGUCACCAACAACCUGAAGUCCCUGGAGGCUCAGGCGGAGAAGUAUUCACUAAAGGAAGAUAAAUACGAAGAAGAAAUUAAGAUUUUAUCAGACAAACUGAAAGAGGCUGAAACCAGAGCAGAGUUUGCAGAGAGAUCAGUUGCCAAGCUGGAGAAGACUAUUGACGACCUGGAAGACGAGCUGUACGCCCAGAAGCUCAAGUACAAAGCUGUUAGUGAGGAGCUGGACCACACCCUCCAUGACAUGACCUCCAUAUAAACUUCGAGUCACCAAGGAGGAGAACGGCAAGAUGCAGAAGAUGUUGGACGACACUCUGCAGGAGCUGCACAGCUUGUAGACCCCCGCAUGUCACUGCCUGAUGUCAGCCCCUCACCCCACCGGGCCGCCGCCACCGCUGCCUCUGUGUAACCCUCACUUUCCUUACCCGGCGCUUCCCCCUCCCCCAGGCUCUUCCUGCGCAGGGGCCCCUUAUAUUCCCUCCCUUUUAAAUGCUGGUUUUAAGGACCAAAUCCCACCAUGCUGUACCCAGUGCCAUAUUUCCGGGGUCUCCCGCCCCAUUAUCCCAGCAUGGUGGGGAACUUUCUUACUGUCCGCCCUGUGGGGGUUACAGUAGUCUGAUGGGGGUGAUCUUCAUAUAUGAUGGGAACCUUGCGCCCCCUUGUAUUAUGAGUGGGUGAUCCAGACCUAGCGGGGGGCUUCAGGUCAUGAGACCGCCCAUUACUGUAUCGGUCCUGGGAAUAGUGUUACGGAUCCUAUGGGGUCUCCUUAUAAAUGGCGCCCCCUGUCCGUCUCGUGUGGGGGAGGGGGUCGGCUCUUAUUUCUCCUUGCUGCCAGUACCGGCCAAUAAAUGCCACGUGCCACUUUUUUAAAA